CCCACGCACUACUUUUCCCUCGCGUACAUCUAUCCUUACUCCGUAGACACAACAUACCCAGCCAACCCGAUGACAAGGACCCAUGAUGCAGAUAACGGGCCUCGAACAGUUACGUAGUGGGAGUGCAGUAGAUCGACAUGCAUUAUUUCCUUCUGUACAGCUAAUCCUUUCUACAUGUGUCUUGACCAAUAUCUUAGUAUCGCAGACGGUAAUACCCGCCCCCCUUGCACUCCUUUCACGCACGGCUGAGGGAAGGCACACAUCAGUGCCGGUCUAG